AUGGAGCCCUGGAUUCAAGAACAAGCGAUGAUUCACAGCGUGAGGCCUGCCCCUCUUGAUGGCCGCGCUUCCUACCAGACCUGGACAGGAGUCUUUAACGGGCAGUACCGCACCCUCCGUCACCCGGCCGCUCUGUUUCCGGAGCGUUACGCUCCAAACUCGGGACUGCGCCCGUGGCACUGUCCUGUUGUUGGCUGCGGCGAAAGCCAUCAGUUUUUCGUGGAAUUAGCUGGCCAUUUCACCUACGCUCAUCUUGGUGUCACUCUCUGUGACAACCGCAACGGCACCUUCACAAUCUUGGUGGAUGAGGAGCAGGCUAACCCCCGCGGGUAUGCCUACGUUGCUGCCCAAAGGGCUAUCCUGGCUGGCCCAAGGGCGUCAUUUCCGUUUGCCGCGCCUGCUUGGACUCCCGAAGACGCUGCCACGCCGGGGCCCGAACACGCCGACGAAAACCAGGGCAACGGCGUGGCGGCUGCAGACAACGAAGCGUGGCGCGACUCUGGGAUCAGCAUGAUGUCAAGCAGCGACGAGGACAGCAGCGGCGAGGAAGGUGGCGGGGAAGUCGAGGACAACGACGAAGACGAGGAUGAUGACAAUGACACCGUUGUGGGCGGCGACAGCGACAGUAACAGCAACGACGAUUCUCCCGAGGAGACCGUCGUGAUCCCCAACGCCCUUACCGUUGACGUCCAAACCCCCGGCGACGGUGGGUCUUCCGCUCCGAACGGAGACCACAUGGACGUUGACGGCAGCCAAGCCCCCGUCGACCAAGCCGCCGUCGGCCCCGUCACCUUCUCCGGCCUCCAGCUGCGCCCGCUCCAGCUCCGCCGAGAGCUGCCCGACCCGACCCCUCUCCAACUGGAGAUCUGGUCUUACAUCACGCGCUGGACUCUCUACCCUCUUCCCCUCCCCUCUCCUUCUUCCCCCGCCCAUCGCACCCUCCUCGCACUUCUCCGCUCCCCCCGCAUCCGUUUCCUGCCGGUCUCCUGGCAGGAGCGCCUGCGGGCCCGUACCCCCUCCCUCGGCACCCUCACAGCGAUUGCCCUCUACCUUGGCGGCAGAGCCGACUUCGGCUCGCCCUGUCAGUCACAUUGCGGGCAACAUGGCGCCCUGGUAGAGAGGCCGUAUGUUGCCCAGAGGGAGGAAGGGGCCGGGCAGUGGAAGUUGGAGAAGAAGUUUGCGUUUCCGAGGUGUGUGAAGGUUCCGGAGGCGUUGGACGGGGAUCGCGAGGCGGAUGAGGUGUUGGGAGGAAGGCCGUGUUGUAACCAUUUCUUCCGGGAGUUGAGGGGUGCGUGGGAGACGAGUGAGCCGUUUCCGCCGAGGCCGCCCGGUGGUCUUGUUUGGAAUGGACCCAUGUGGUAA